GACAAGAGGCAGCACCUGGCCAGCAGCCGCACACACGGUUGGGGCAGUCCCACAGGGUGGUUGGCCCUGCGCCGCCGUGGUCCCCUUCGGUCGGGCUGGAGGGCAGAAGACAGGACCGGUGGUCGAAGAGCCGGGCAUCAUGAUGACGGAGCGCUUUGACUGCCACCACUGUGAAGAAUCUCUCUUCGGCAAGAAGUACAUCCUGAGGGAGGAGAGCCCCUACUGCGUGGGGUGCUUUGAGGCUCUCUACGCCAGCACUUGUGAGGAGUGUGGGAAGCCCAUCGGCUGUGACUGCAAGGACUUGUCCUACAAGGACCGACACUGGCACGAGGCCUGCUUCCACUGCUCGCGGUGCAAGAGCUCCCUGGUGGACAAGCCCUUUGCUGCCAAGGAGGACCAGCUGCUCUGCACGGACUGCUACUCCCACGAGUACUCGUCCAAGUGCCAGGAAUGCAAGAGGACCAUCAUGCCAGGGACCCGCAAGAUGGAGUACAAGGACAGCAGCUGGCACGAGACCUGCUUCAUCUGUCAUCGCUGCCAGCAGCCAAUUGGCACCAAGAGCUUCAUCCCUAAGGACAGCCAGAACUUCUGCGUGCCCUGCUACGAGAAGCAGUAUGCCUUGCAGUGUGUUCAGUGUAAAAAGCCCAUCACCACGGGGGGCGUCACCUACCGGGAGCAGCCCUGGCACCGGGAGUGCUUCGUGUGCGCCGCCUGCAGGAAGCCGCUGUCGGGCCAGCGCUUCACCUCCCGGGACGAGCAAGCCUACUGCCUAAGCUGCUUCUGUGACCUGUACGCCAAGAAGUGCGCCGGCUGCACCAACCCCAUCAGCGGACUUGGUGGCACCAAGUACAUCUCCUUUGAGGAGCGGCAGUGGCAUAACGACUGUUUUAACUGCAAGAAGUGCUCCCUGUCGCUGGUGGGGCGAGGCUUCCUCACAGAAAGAGGCGACAUCCUGUGCCCGGACUGCGGGAAGGACAUCUGAGGCCCACCCCGCUGACUGCUGGCAACACGCACGGACCUGUGUGCGCCCUCCCUCGGCCGGGCAUCGCUGCUUCUGGUCUGCACCGGCCACGGGGAGACUCUCCUGUCGUGCUGUUCAGUGAUAGCCACGCUUGUUUAAACCCUUGAACCCUUUGUAGUAGUCCAGUCCCAGGGAAGCAGGAAACCCCAGUGUGGCCCCUCGGUGGGAAGCUGGUUCUGGAUUUUUGUAAUCAAGCAAGGCAAAUCCAAGUGUAAAAAUCCUGUUGAAUGACACCUUUAUAAAUGUGUCUUUCUUUCACUGCGUACUUAAUUUUUAAGUGCAAUUAACAUGUCACGAACUUGAGGUUCCCAAACCACACGAGGUAGCGAAGAGUGGGUAUUUACAAGUAUGUAACUUCCUGUCAUGUAAGCCCUAAAGCAAGAUUAUACAGCUUACAAUAAAGUUAUACAGAACAAAAUGGC